AUGAAUGCCCUCACAUGCCCCCAUCUUCGGCUUUGCCUCUGGCUGUGGCUGGGUGUCGCCUUGGGACUUGGCCAGGGACAAGCGAGCAGCCGCCUGAGGCUGGCCGUGCUGCCCGAGGACCGGCUGCAGAUGAAGUGGAGGGAGGCGGAGGGGAGCGGCCUCGGCUACCUGGUGCAGGUGAAGCCCGCGGCAGGGGACGCAGAGCAGGAGGGGAUUCUGACCACCAAGACCCCCAAGGCCCCAGGGGGGGACUUGAGCCCCUCCAAGGGCUACACCGUGCAGAUCUUCAAGCUCACCGGCUCCGGGAACGCCCUGCUGGCGCAGAGGGAGUUUGUGCAUAAGGACCUGAAGAGUCACGCGGCAAGCGGGAGCAGCCGGAAGCCCCCGGACGCAGCCGCGGAGCCCACACCCUCCCAUGCGGGGAGCCCAGGCCCUGAGCCCCGAGUUGCCUCAUCCCCAGGUCAAGACUCACCCACUCCUCCCUCCCUCCCUUCCCUCCCAGCCAACCCCCAGUUCCGCUGCACACCCCCCACACCCAUGGACAAGCUCUUCCUGGUGGACGGGUCCUGGAGUAUUGGCCAUAGUCAUUUCCAACAGGUCAAAGAUUUCCUGGCCCGCAUCAUUGAGCCCUUUGAGAUCGGGCCAAAUAAAGUCCAAGUCGGCCUGACUCAGUACAGUGGAGACCACCAGACCGAGUGGGACCUCAGCGCCUUCCGCAGCAAGGACAAGGUGCUGGCAGCCGUCUGCAGCCUCCGCUACAAAGCGGGAAACACGUUCACGGGCCUGGCCCUGACUCACGUGCGGGAGCAGAACCUGAAGCCGGGAGCGGGGCCCCAUCCAGAGGCAGCCAAGGUGGUGGUCCUAGUGACGGACGGCAAAUCCCAGGACCAUGCCCGUGCUCCUGGCCGCGUCCUCAAGGACCUGGGUGUCGCCGUCUUUGCUGUGGGUGGGGAGAGGGCAGACGAGGCCGAGCUGCGGCUCCUGGCGUCCCCCCCCGCUGACGUCACCGUCCACAGCGUGCGGGACUCCCCCCGGCUUGGCACCCUGGCUGGCGUGCUCAGCCGCCUCAUCUGCCAGAAGGUCCAAGGCGGGAGCCAGGGCCCUGGUGACUGUGGCCACCCCGGCCCCGGACACCUCUUCACUCCCACCAGACUCACCUUGACCCAGGCGACCCCCUCCAGCAUCCACUUGUCCUGGACCCCAGACCCCCAGCUGCCGCUCAAGUAUCUGGUCACGUGGCGGCCUUCCGGGUGGCCCCCUGCAGAGGUGGUGCUGGACGGGCCUGCCUCGUCCGUGACGCUUCACAACCUGACCGUCGGCACCGAGUACUUGGUGUCUGUGCUCCUUGUCGGCGAGGCCGGGGUCGGCGAGGGCCUGGGGGGCCUUGUGAGCACAGCGCCUCUGCCUCCGCCCCAGGCACUGACCCUGGCUGCAGGGACGCCCACCACCGUCCGCCUCACCUGGCGCCGUGAGCCCGCUGAGUCAGCCCAGGUGCUGUGGCGGGGCACCCGUGCCGCUACCAGGGGCUUCGACCUCGUGGCGGCCUUCGGGCUGGUGGAGCAGGAGCACGCGUCCCUCCGAGGCGCUGCCAUGGAGCGUGCGGCGUUCGGCUGCGCCCGGACCUUCACGCUCUUUAAGACGCUCAAUGCGAUCAGCCCCCCAGGGGAGGUCACCCAGCGCCAAGUGCCCCCUGCCGUGAUAGCUGCCACAGACACAGGCCGAGACCCCAGGGCCACCCUGCAAGAGGUGACCUUUGACCUGCCCGAAGUGAGGAAGAUUUUCUUUGGAAGCUUCCACAAGGUGCACGUGGCCGUGGGCCGCUCCAAGGUCAGGCUCCACGUGGACCGCCAGAAGGUGGCCGAGAGGCCAAAUGGGGAGGCGGGCAGCCCACCUGCCACGGGCUUCAAUGCUGGGAGGCUGGCCAAGGCCCGGGGCCCCCGGAGCAGCUCAGCCACACUGCAGCUCCAGCUGCUGCACUUCGUGUGCAGCGACUCCUCCGAGGACGCGUGUUGCGAGCUCCCUGCGGCGGGAGAGCCUGGGCCACCCAAACAGAUGGGACCGGAGGGUCUUGUAGGUCGGCAGGGGUCGCCAGGGACUGAGGCCCGAACCGUGCAGGGACCUGGAGGUCCGCCAAGGGUCAAAGGAGAGAAAGGGGACCAUGGGCUUCCAGGCUUGAAGGGCCAUCCUGGUCACCAGGGCGUCCCCGGGAAGGUCGGAGUCCAGCGACCAAAGGGAAUGCGAGGCCUUGAGGGGAGCGCCAGCCUGCCUGGACCUCCAGGCCCCAGGGGCUUCCAUGGCACGGCCGGGGCCAGGGGCACCAGUGGGGAGAGACGACCCCCAGGGGCCGUGGGGCCCACGGGCCUACCAGGACCCAAAGGGGAGCGAGGAGAGAAGGGGAGUAGGCCCCUGUCUGGGGGCGAGCCACAGUCCCUGGCCACCAUCUACCAGCUCCUGGGCCAGGCUUACGAGUCUGCCAUCCAGGCUCAGGUACGGAAGUUCCACUCCUUCCUCCGUGAGAGCGCCAGGGCCCCCAGACCCAUCUUGGAGGCCCCCGGGCCCCCCAGCACACUCGGGGAACCCAGCGCCCUCAGUCACAUGGGCACCCCGGGGCCGGAAGGGAACAAGCCUCCAGGACCCCCAGGGGAGCAGGUGAGCCCCCACCUGUGGGAGGAGGGGGUCCUGAGGAGCAGGAUGGCCCCCAUGCUGCCCACAGUGACCCUGCACGCCCCCAGACUCGGCACUGAGAACGGCUGUGCGGGCGGGCGGAAGAGGCAGGAGCAGCGAGUCCAGGGGGGACCUGGGAGCCGAAGGGGGUGGUGGGAGCCUUUCCUUUGUACCAUUUUCCGCACUCAGAUAAACAGCAUCGUGCUGGCCAAGGGGGGCUGCUCACUCCAGGGAGCGGUGUCCCUGGGGCCCGGAGCCCAUCCCUGCCGGGGCGAGGCCAGGGCUCCCCACCCUGGGCCCUCAGAGAGAAGUGCCACCCAUGCCCUUGAGGACCCCUGUCCCACCGUCUCCGUUACGUCGUGA